AUGGAGUAUCCGUUGGGCCCGAGGAAGCCUCCGUUGCAGAGAAGAGCCAGGUCGCUGGACAGGUCACAGAACCCCGGGAAGGACUCAGAGUUGUGGGACAACCCGCGCCUAUCCCUGCCCGCCACCCAUUCCGGACGGGAGCCUGUGGGGAAGGCCAGCGACGGGAGCAGGCGUCUCAAGAGCCCAGGGUCUUCUGAGGCUCCGGGCACCACGGGUGCGGCCCUCCGGCCGGAGGGGACCAGGGAGCUUCUCCCCAGUGAGCAGAGGCCUCUGCAGGACACCAAGAAGGACAAGACCCAGAGUCGGGCCCAGCAGGGGUUGCUGAAGACUGUGCUGAACUUCUUCCUGAGGACAGGCCCUGAGGAGACCAAGGAAAAGGCCAGGAGGGCAAAGGGGAAGGAGGGCCUCCCCCAGCCCUCAGAAACCUCUGAGUGGCCAGGGCAGCCAGCUCCCAGGAAGAAAGCCCACGACAAGAAGGCCAGCCGCAAGAAACGCGGUCACAAGAAACAUGUCGAUGAGGAAACCAGGGGGGCCCAAGAACAGGAGGCCAAAGGCCAAGAGGCGGCGCUGCCCAGGACGGCUGCUGCCCUGCGCUCCGAGGAGGCUGACCUGGGCCCAGGACGCAGGGGCGGGGAGGAUGCUGAUCUCCACCAGUCCUUGCUCACUGAAGGCCCGGAUGCUGGCGUCCCAGCCUCAGGCCAGCAGCAGGAGGAGGAGCUCACAGACCCUGACCAGGACAUCAUUCCCAUGAUAGUGCGAUUGCUCCAAAAAGUGGGAGACCAGUGGGACGAAGAGGUCAGGGACCUGACUCAGUUUCUCUCAUCUCCCUCACAACAACUUCAAGCCUCUCAGCCAGAGAUGGCUCCACAGAACCCAGCGCCGGCCUCCAGGAAGAAAUCCCAGGAGAAGAAGUGUAAUCUCAAGAGAACCUGUGCUCAUAAGAAACACGGCUCUGAGGAGCCCAAGAGGGCGGGGGCCGCCGACGGUUCCAGCCCGGAGUCCCGGCUGCCCAAGAGGCCCAGCUUUCUGUACCUGUGUGUGAGGGGCCACCAGCCCUCCAUCUCCAGCAGCCUUGACUUGGAGGAACCUGAAGUCCAAGAGACCCCGUCUGCAGAUUGUGGGUAUCCAAGUCCCUUCGAGCUUUCCACUCAAGCGGGAACCCGGGGACCUGGAGAGGACUUGCAGCCGGGCAGAGCUUUGGAACGCAGAGAAUUUAUCCAGAAGAUCAUCGCCCUACUCCAAGAUGGGGAGGAACAGGAGGGAGAGAAGCAACUUGAAGGCCAGGAGCCAGAGAUGGCUGUAGAAAACCUAGCCCCACCCAGCAGGAAGAAAUCCCAAGAGAAAAAGUCCAGCUUCCGAAAAGCCUUUUCUCAUAAGAAACAUCGAUCUAAGGAGCCCAAGAGGGCAGGGGGUGCGGGUGUCGCCAGCCCGGAGUCCCGGCCGCCCAGGAGGCCCAGCUACCUGUCCCUGUGUGUCGGGGGCCAUCGGUCCUCCAUCUCCAGCAGCCUUGAUCCAGAGAGUAUUGAGUUCCAGGAGUCUUCACCUGCAGAAGAGGCACGAGUUGGAUCCUCAGAAUCACCCUCCCAGGCCAGAAGCCACAGGCCGGAAGGGAGACCUCUGCCGGAUGGAGCAUGUGAAUCUAAGGAGCUGAUCAUUCAGAAGCUGGCGGUCCUUCUCCAACAGAUGGAUGGCCAUUUGGGGAGGCAGAUCAGGCGACACCCCAGCUUUAAGAGUGCUUUUUACCAGCUCCCAGAGUCCUCCCUCGUGAAGCUGGUGGCCAUUCUGCGCAGUCAGGCGGCCCACGCCCCUGAGCCUCACAGGAACCUCCCUGAGAGGCCCUACCAGUACCCCUUUGGCUUGGCUAACAGGUUUCCUGGCAACAACCGUCACACAGCGCUCAGCCUGAUGCGUCUGCGCUACCCCCAGUUCCCAUGCGCGGAGGCCCAGCAGGACAUCCCAAGUUCUGAGGCCCAAAGUCCAGAUUGA